AUGACCUUAGAGAAACAAUCAUUUGAAGGGCUUAUGAGUUCAUUGAACUUAGAAGAAUUCCCAACUUAUGAGAUACACAACGAGUUAAAUUACAAUCAAUUAUCAAUAAUCAAAAAUAAUCUUGAAAUUCAACUUACUAGAUUAUUUGAAAUAUUACAGGAUUUCAAAUGUGACAUGGAAACGCCAUUGAUCAUAAAUGGGUUUCCUAGAGAUGAUAUUGAUGUUGUAAGUGUAAGAUUGAUAAGAGUGAAAAUAAUAAGAUUAAGAAAUGAUCAUAAAUAUUUAUUAUCGUUAAUUGAAGAGAAAUUAAUCAAUCAGUUUAAUAAUCCAGAUGAUAUGGAACCUUCAAAAGUAGUGGAGAUUGAUUCAGAUAUACCUUUUGCCAUCAUCGAUGAAGUUAUCGAUCAAAGUCCUUCACAUAAAGCAGGAUUGAAGAAAGGGGAUAAGAUUGUCAAAUUCGAUAAAGAUAUUAAUGCUAUGAAUAAUGAUAAAUUGAUGAAACUAGUCCAUAGGGUUAAGACCAAAGUAAAUGAGGCUAUUGAAAUAGACAUUUUGAGGAAUGAAAGAAUCAUUGUUGAAUUGGUACCCACAGAUCAAUGGGAUGGGAAAGGAUUAUUAGGGUGUAAGAUAUUACCCAUUUAA